UUUUUUUUUUUUUUUUUUUUUUUGCGAACAGAUUACUUGGACAAUUUAGCCGGAGAAACACAUGACAGCGAGGCAGCCGGCAGGGAAGGCGGACGUCGUUGGACAGAAAACACACCGCGGGUCUCCAGACCGAACCGAGCCGAGGUGUGUGUAGAGAUAUUUGGAGUUGAAGGAGGGCGACCUCUGCUACUUUCCUGAUUAAAUCCUCAGUGACAGAGCACUUUACGACACAUUUCCACAAACUCGAGCUUCUACACAUUUCAGUAGAGAAACCAUCWCUGACCUGAGCAGAUAUGAGUGAAGACAAACCAGGUGCAACUGUGGAAACUUCUCCAGCCGAGGUGAAUGCCAUUCCUAACGGUAAAGGCCAYGAACCUGGGGAGGACAUCGCAGCUUCAGCUAGAACACCCCCUGCAGAGGACUGUGAAAAGCAAACAUUAACCAAUAAUGACAAGAAUGCUAGUCCUCACAAAAAGGAAAAUAUGGAAUCGAACCUCCCAGACAGCCAGGAGUUCUUAUCACGUGGGGAGGACAAGAAGACAACGCGCUUUACAGAUUUUGAAGGAAAAACCUCGUUUGGGAUGUCUGUCUUCAACCUGGGCAAUGCAAUCAUGGGAAGUGGAAUUCUGGGACUGGCCUAUGCCAUGGCCAACACAGGAGUCAUCCUGUUCCUGCUACUCCUGACAGCAGUGGCAGUUCUUUCAUCAUAUUCCAUCCAUUUACUUCUAAAAUCAUCUGGGAUUGUUGGGAUCCGUGCAUAUGAGCAGCUUGGCUACAGAGCUUUUGGGACCCCGGGGAAGAUGGCGGCAGGUAUUGCCAUCACACUGCAGAAUAUUGGAGCGAUGUCCAGUUAUCUGUACAUAGUCAAAUAUGAGUUUCCUUUGGUCAUCCAAGCUUUUCUGAAGGUGGAUAACCCUGCAGGUGAAUGGUACCUGAACGGUAACUACCUGGUCAUCAUCGUGUCUGCGACAGUAAUUUUGCCCCUGGCUCUCAUGAAGCAGUUGGGAUAUCUGGGAUACACCAGUGGUUUCUCAUUGAGCUGCAUGGUUUUCUUCCUCAUUUCUGUCAUCUACAAGAAGUUCAACAUGCCAUGUCCGUUCGUGGACUUUUACCAUAACAGCACCGGCCAUGAGMUGAACGUCAGUGCCGUCGACCACGGCGGGGAGCCAAAUCCAGCGUGCAUCCCCAAGAUGGCCAACCUCAACAUACAGACGGCCUACACCAUUCCCAUCCUGGCGUUCGCCUUUGUGUGCCACCCUGAGGUCCUCCCCAUCUACACAGAGCUGCGCAAGUGAAGUGGAAGCAGAGCUGCUCCACACUUACAGCCGUAUCGACCCGUAUGACACUUUAAUCCUGUGUGUGCGCGUGGCCGUACUCACUGCGGUCACACUUACAGUACCAAUCGUGCUCUUUCCUGUGAGGAGAGCCAUCCAGCAGAUGGCCUUCCCCAACAAAACCUUCUACUGGCCUCGCCACAUCGCUAUCGCCAUCACGCUGCUCACGUUCAUCAACCUGCUGGUCAUCUUCGCCCCUAACAUCCUGGGCAUCUUUGGUGUUAUUGGUGCCACAUCUGCACCCUGUCUCAUCUUCAUCUUCCCCGCUGUCUUCUAUAUCCGUAUUGUUCCCAAAGAGGAGGAGCCGCUGUGCUCAGUUCCAAAAAUUUUGGCUGCCUGCUUUGCUGGGAUCGGCUUCCUGUUUAUGAUAAUGAGUCUCAGCUUUAUCAUCAUCGACUGGACAUCAGGCAGCAGUAAAGCCAGCAGUGGUCAUUAGACCCUUCUUCUUUUUUUUUUGUUUUGUUUUUCCUGUUUUUAUAUUGUUGAUGUGGGAUCAUGUUGUAAUGUUUCUGUUU